AUGAAGUACGAAUACAGCCAACUAUCUAUCCAGCCCGGGGACCCACGGGGAGUAUUCUCCAUCCGACUUCUGCACUUGUUACCUUCCGCGGACCCAAACGCAAGGCUACAGUGCCAGCUCGUCGAGACCCAAAUCGCGGACAGUCAACACGGAAAGCCUGCUGUCCCUCGAGGCAGGGUUCCGCAUGCUGAAUACCAAGCCCUCUCGUACACGUGGGGUGAACCUGUCUUUCCAAAGGUUCUGCAUCUCGUCCAAUCCGACGGCAUUCUCCCGGCUGGCGACAUCAACAUCACCGAGAACCUCCACUCGGCGCUGCAGAAUCUGAGAAGUCCCGACAGGACGCUCGUCCUCUGGGUCGACGCCGUUUGCAUCAACCAAGCCGACAUCCCAGAGCGUAAUAGUCAGGUCAACAACAUCCCCCAGACGUAUACUGAGGCUGCGAGCGUCCUCGUCUGGCUCGGGACGGACUCUCUCCAGGAUGACGGCCGGCUCUGCCUUGACUUCUUCACCGAGCUGGGCACUCUCAUUGCCAGUGACCCAGCCCACGGAGCCGAAGGAUCCUGGCGGAAGCGGUUUAAAAUUAACCAGAUGGUCUCCACCUUCUUGGACAGCAUACAACCACGUCCCAUCGCCACCUUUCUUACGAGACCGUGGUUUCGGCGGCGAUGGAUCGUCCAAGAGGUCGUGCUUGCCAGGGAUGUGUCGAUCCACUGUGGCGCGGCGAGCAUCCCGUGGGCCACAUUCGAGCUCUCCCUGAUGGAGCUGUUCGAGAACGACAAGGGCGGCUUCAGCGAAGAGCACCGCACCACUUUGCGCGCCAUGUCGCGCAUCAGGCACCCCGAGUCCGCGGCAAAGAGGCAGGACCCGCUGGACACUCUCGUCGAGUUCUCCAGCUUCGUCUGCGCGAACCCAAGGGACCGCCUCUUCGCCCUCUACGGCGCCAUCCAGCACUGGUUCCCGAGCUCGACCCCGUCGGAUAGGGCACGGGUCGGCAAGGUCGACUACGCGCUAUCGACCGGAGACGUCUUUACCGAGUUCGCCAUCCUCAUGAUGGAACUCGAACACCUGACUUCUCCAGGCGCGUCUGGAAGUAAAUCCACCACCCACGUCAUCCAACUCGCAUCUGCGAUCAAGCACCCAACUCGACCUGCCGAGGGCCAGGAGCCGGGUGAAUUCUGUGGCAAGAUCCCGUCGUGGGUGCCGGACUGGACCGGCCAGCUGUCCUACGAGCCGCUGUACCACUCGCCGCCGGACCGUGACGCUUCCGCCGGCAUCCCGACCCGGCCGAUGGAGGUUCUCCCGCCCAACAACGACGUCCGCCUCCUCAUCUCUACGGGGAUAGUGUACGACACCGUCACGGCCAUCAUCCCCAUCGACAUCGAGCCCCUGCUGGGCGCCGUGUACGAGGCCAAGAGCAGCCUCAACGCCUUCCUCUGCGCCGUCGCGCGCGCCUUCGACGCGACGGGCUUCUUCCCGCCGGCGGCCGACGCCGGCGCCGGCGGACCCGACAACAAUACGUACGAGCCGACGGGGCAGCACAUCGUGAUCGCGCUGGCGGCCGCCAUCGUCGCCAACUGGGAGCACACGCCCAGCAACUCGUACUUUGCCCAGCACCCUCGCUUCCCGGGCGACUUCCUCGAGCAGCUAGGCUCGUCGCGCCACCACCUGCCCGAGAUCAUGCACAAGUGGCCCGCCUACGUCGAGCUCGUCACUAUCACCAUGCGCGGCCGGAGCUUGUUCCUGACCGCGGGGGGUUACGUCGGCGUCGGCGCUGCGGAUAUCCUGCCGGGUGACGCCGUCUGUCUGCUUAGUGGCGUGCGCAUCCCGUUCGUGCUGAGGCCGCUGCGCGGGCCGGUGGUGGCGGCGACGGCGGCGGCAGCGGGGGAGAACGAGCCGUGCGUACCGGGUGCGCCCGGCUGUUACCGGUUCCAGGACGAGGAGCAGUGUAAGGAGGUUGUCUCCAAGGUGUGGAAGGAUCCUGCGGCGCACUGUACCUUCCGCUUGAUGGGCGACGCUUACGUGCACGGCCUGAUGGAGGGGGAGGCGGCGAAGAACCUCGGUUCGCGACUUGACGAGUCUCUCAGGAUCUUGCCUAUAACGUAA